AUGUCUGAAGCAAUAACCAACCAAGCAAGAGAGAUCCUCGGCGAUCUCACCACGACCUUCACAGCUCCCGAACCCUGCUGGACACCAGCCCACCACCUCGACCUCAACAACGAACUAGCCUUCUUCGGUUGGGGAUUCUACUCGCCCGGCCUCGAGUGCCCGGUAGGCUAUCACUCCGCAUGCACCGCCAGCGCCACCUCCCAGGGCUGGCGUCUCCAGUUCAGGAUAGAGGCUGACGAGACUUUUGUCGGCUGCUGUCCAUCCGGCUUCGCCUGCCACAACCAAAACGGCCAAACCUGCAUCUCCAAUGCCCGAACAGCCACUAUUUCGACGUACCAAUGCGAAAGCGGGAGCCAGAUCAACCUCGCACCCAUGACCCUCCCCAAUCCAACAAGGUCUCAGGCGUACAUCUACGCGCCCAUGAUCCAGCUCGCGUGGAAGCCCUCGGACCUCCCGCCGUCCCAGAGACCAAUCGUUACGUCAGCCCCUGACGAGCCCUCCGGCGGCGGCGGCGGCGGCUUGUCGACUGGAGCGAUAGUCGGUGUGGCGGUUGGCGCUGCGGCGGUGGUCAUCGCUAUCGUAAUUGGCACCUUUUUACUGUGGAGGAUGAAGCGUCGCGGGGUUGCCCGCGCUGGGCCCGACUCAAAGAUGGAGGACGCCCCCACGGGACCGAGUACGCCUCCGCCUGGAUAUCCCACCACCGUGACCGAAGAACAGACAAAGUACUAUUACUCUGGCCAACCCAAUCAGCAGUGGCACCCGGGGAUGAAGGAACCCCAGGUCACGCCAUACGAACUGGGACAGUCACAUGCGCCGGUCGAACUGAGUGGUGCUCGGUGGGAUAUAGAUGGCAGGGUGGAGGCCCCCGGCCCUGAGAGCAGACCGACAGAGCUAGAGACCCCGCAAGGGACUCCGCCAGCCGGGAAGCCUGCUGUGCUGCAUCGAUCGGAAUGA